AACUGUUGCCGACAACUUGGCUACAAGUUGCUCAGAAACUUGGUGACAGGUUGCGGCAGUAGAUUGUCGCCAAGUUGCUGAGCAACUUGUAGCCAAGUUGUCGGCAACAGUUACACAAGCUGAAAGUUGUCGACAACUUGUCGUCAAGUUGGUCGCAACUCAGGUACACCAACUUUCUGAUCGGAAACUCUGGCUAUCAGGGUGGGAAUUUUCAUCACUCCUAAAAAACAGUACAUUUACGUGGGAAAAAUUGUUUCAAAUAAAUGUUUUAUUAUUUAUAUAUUUAUAAUAGUUCUGUUGAAUAAUUGUUAUUUAUUACCGAGCUUGUUUUUUUUAUAUUUUUUGUUUUAAGCAAAUAAUGUUUAGGAAUAUUGUAGUUGGGUUAUCUGGAGGUGUUGAUAGUGCUGUAUCAACAAUAUUAUUAAAACGCAAAGGUUUUAAUGUGACUGCUGUAUUUCUUAGAAAUUGGGAUACUGCUGAUGAAACAGGUAAAUGUUUAGCUGAUGAAGACUACAAAGAUGCUGAAUUUAUAUGUAAAAAAUUAGAUGUACCUCUGGUGGAAGUUAAUUUUGUCAAGGAAUAUUGGAAUGACGUAUUUAGUUAUUUAGUAGGUGGCUAUCAAGAUGGUCUUACUCCAAAUCCUGAUGUUAUAUGCAAUAGAAAUAUUAAAUUUAAUAAAUUCUAUAAUUAUGCACGAAAUAAUCUGAAAGCGGAUGCUAUUGCUACUGGACAUUAUGCGCGAACGUCUUUUGGAUCCUUCCUGGAGUACUAUAGUCCUGAUAAAAGAGUUAAAUUGCUGAAAGCCAGAGACUCUCUCAAAGAUCAAACAUUAUUUUUAGCUCAAGUUAAUCAAGAACCAUUGCGUAGAUGUAUGUUCCCUAUUGCAGAUUAUAUGAAGAAAGACAUAAAACAAAUAGCCAUUGAUGAAGGCUUGGACCGGAUAGCUGCCAAAGAUGAGAGUAUGGGGAUUUGUUUUAUUGGCACUCGUACAUUUCAAAAUUUUAUAACUGAGUAUAUAGAAGACAAACCAGGUGAUUUUGUUGACUGCGAAACGGGUAAAGUUGUUGGUAAGCAUCGUGGUAUUCAUCAUUGGACAAUAGGACAACGAUGUCGUAUCAGUGGAUUGUCAAAAGCAUAUUUCGUUUACCGAAAGGACGUUAAUAGUAAUACGAUAUAUGUAGCUUCGGGUCAUGAUCAUCCUGCAUUGUAUACACAGACAGUAAUAACAUCAAAACCUCAUUGGAUUUGCGAAGAACCACCAGAGUUAUUGAAUAGUAAUGGAGUAUUGCAUUGUGAUUUUAAAUUCCAACAUAUUGAAAAUUAUACACCGUGCACAGUUUAUAAAACAGUGAAUGAGCAAUUGAUUAUUAUUCUUGAUGAACCUAAACGUGCUGUUUCACCUGGACAAUUUGCAGUCUUAUUCGUAGGUGACGAAUGUGUAGGAAGUGCACCUAUUAUUAAUCCCGGACCAUCAUUUUUUAGCCUGGGAAAAUCAUUUCCUGAUAUCGAAAGCAAUGAUAAAGUUGCUGUACAUAAUAUGUAAAUACUUG